AUGUUCCGAAGGCUCACACAGUACACAGGAGUUGUAGGCGCUGUGCGCACCAUUGUUGUGUUCAGUCAACAGCACCACAUACUGGAGAGCAAUCAAAAAGCUCGGAGCAGCCCCAGCAACGUGUGGAUCGAAGACUGGGAGGCUGAGAGCUAUGGACUGACUCCAGAGCCUGGUGCCGUGUCCACGCAGCUGCUACUAGACAAGCCGCUCGAGCUAUAUAAUUUCGAUCAGCUCCUCUCUCCACCGGAGGUAAUGGAGGCACCAAAGCACAGCAGUUACAGCUCCCGGAAGGUUUAUGGUGAAAAGCUGCAAUUCGAGCUCAAUGAUCGCGCUCAGAAGCAUGGGUUCCACAGUAAGUGGUGGUUAACGAGAACGCAGGCUGUGAAGAACGCCCUCACGUUUAAAAACAACGCACGUAGCUCCAUCAUUCUCUCGAAGAGCUCACUCAGGUUGUACCACUCCAGUCAGUUGGUUGGCGGAGAAGCACUCAUGACACAUCCCGUAUCAGGCGGCUCGAGGAAGCUCUACAGCAGGAAGGGAGAUGCAUAUCAGGUGCUGUGCGAACACAUCCGUCAGAACGCCUUCAACAGCGGUCUCUACUUUACGAGACGGCAGCUGGAGUUCUUCAAGUUGGCGGUGCAGCCGAGUCAAGCACCUGUGAUGAUGGAUGUCUCAUCUGGGGAGCGGUUCCUCAUCUUCAACGUGGAGCAACUCGAGGACCCCGAAGUGGCACUGAGGACUCUCGACCGCUCACCAGUGAGCAUUCCGACCUUCCUUCUCUCAGGUGAACCGAUGCAGCACGAAGGGGUAAAAAGGCUUCCCAGGUUUAAGAGCAAUUACUGGCUAAGCGGGCGUGAUGCUGAGCUGUACCAGUGGCCAAUCAAAGAAUCAGAGAAGAAGAGGGGAGUAACGCUAAAGAACGAGGGGAGUGCGUCGCUGCAGGUGGAGUUGUUUAACGUAGAACAGCUGGCAAACCCUGAAGAAGCAUUCGCCAAGGCUGGACUCUUUGUCCAGUGA